AUGAGUCGCGAAUCAGAUGCUUCCCCCAGCUCAGGCCUCGGGAAGGACCUUAACAGAGCUGCAAAUGCUGUCCCAGCGGAUAGCGGAUCCAUAGCCUCCUGCUCCGGACCGCUGCAGGCCCGUGGCGCGACGGGUGAAACAUGCUCGCAAGGCGCCACUGGUAGCCGAGAGAAAAAUCUCGAAAGCUCUGCUCUCCCACAUGACAAUUCUUGCCUAGCGGUUCGUGACACCAACAACACAGACCCUGAAGCCAACGCAUUGGGUUCCACACUUGCCAGGCGGCUUUCGUCCGGCCCUUCAACUCCCGGAAAACCCGUAUGUAUAGGCUGCGUCAGCCGGUGCAGCGGGAACGGCUCUGGCAACAGUGGGCUGCCUCGCCCUCGUUCCGCCUCCUACCCGCAAAUAGGAGAAUGCCACGAAGCAAGGGGCUAUUUUGCCCCUGGCGGCCCAGAAACAGCCCCCGCAUCACCGACCACAGGCCAAGUCCGCGGCGGCAGCCACUGCCACAACGUCGAUGAAUCUCAAAUUACUACGUGCUGUUGUCUCGACCAGUCGGCUUCAGCACGGCAAGGUGACCGUCAAUGGAACGACUGCUUGGACGACCUCCCAAACGAGGUUCUGCUACAUAUCAUGAGUUACUUGGAGGUUUGCGACUUGCUCGCAACUUCGAGGACUAACCACCACCUCCGAGAACUGUCCCGGUCGCCGAUAUUGCACUCGAUGCGUCUCCGUCGGAUUCGCAUGAUCCUCCCGCCGCUACUUCAGUCGCCGUCCCGCCCCACGCUUCCUGACCUGAUCGGGCGCCGCAUCUUCAUGACGCAGACGACGGUCGUGUCGCGAAAGCUGUCACGCUCGCUCAUCUCGAUCCGCCUCGCUCGCCGGCUGGCGGCGCGACCGUCGCCUGAGGCUCUCGUGGCCCGCGGUGUGUUGCCGCCCGAGUGGGGUGGCGUUGCGCCCGCGCUUGUGGCCAAGAAGCGCGCCGUCGAGAAGGAAAGGGUCAAAGACGGCCUCAGGGGCUUCGUCGAGCGCUGGACGGGGGAGGCGAGGCAGAGGGGCGAGGGCGUCAGGAGGUGGGAGGAGAGCCGCGGGGUUGGCAGGGUCUGGAGGCUCAAGCGAUUCUGGGAGAGGGUCGCGAGGGGUGACGGGGUUGGCUUGAGUGAGGGCUAG